AUGGCCAGCCACGUGGACCUGCUGACCGAGCUGCAGCUGCUGGAGAAGGUGCCCACGCUGGAGCGGCUGCGCGCCGCCCAGAAGCGCCGGGCGCAGCAGCUGAAGAAGUGGGCGCAGUACGAGCAGGACCUGCAGCACCGGAAGCGCAAGCACGAGCGGAAGCGCAGCACCGGCGGCCGCCGGAAGAAGGUGUCCUUCGAGGCCAGCGUGGCCCUGCUGGAGGCCUCCCUCAGGAACGACGCCGAGGAAGUACGCUACUUCCUGAAGAAUAAGGUCAGCCCUGAUUUGUGCAAUGAGGAUGGACUCACAGCCCUGCACCAGUGCUGCAUCGACAACUUUGAGGAGAUUGUUAAGCUGCUCCUUUCCCAUGGUGCCAACGUGAAUGCCAAGGACAACGAGCUAUGGACGCCCCUGCAUGCGGCGGCCACCUGUGGCCACAUCAACCUGGUGAAAAUCCUCGUUCAGUAUGGGGCCGACUUACUCGCAGUCAACUCGGAUGGGAACAUGCCGUAUGACCUCUGCGAGGACGAGCCCACCCUGGAUGUCAUCGAGACGUGCAUGGCGUACCAGGGCAUCACCCAAGAGAAGAUCAACGAGAUGCGGGCGGCCCCCGAGCAGCAGAUGAUCGCAGACAUCCACUGUAUGAUCGCAGCGGGCCAGGACCUUGACUGGAUAGAUGCCCAGGGCGCCACGCUGCUGCACAUCGCUGGAGCCAACGGAUACCUGCGGGCAGCCGAGCUCCUCCUGGACCACGGAGUGCGUGUGGACGUGAAGGACUGGGAUGGCUGGGAGCCCCUGCACGCGGCUGCCUUCUGGGGACAGAUGCAGAUGGCAGAGCUGUUGGUGUCCCAUGGGGCUAGUCUCAGUGCUAGGACAUCCAUGGAUGAAAUGCCAAUAGACCUGUGUGAGGAGGAGGAGUUCAAAGUCCUGCUGUUGGAGCUAAAACACAAGCAUGACGUCAUCAUGAAGUCACAGCUGAGACACAAGUCAUCCUUGAGCCGGAGAACGUCCAGCGCUGGGAGCCGUGGGAAGGUGGUGCGUCGAGCCAGCCUGUCGGACAGGACCAACCUGUACAGGAAGGAGUAUGAGGGAGAGGCCAUACUGUGGCAGCAGCGGAGUGCGGCAGAGGACCAACGGACUGCCACCUACAACGGGGACAUCAGGGAGACCAGGACAGACCAAGAAAACAAGGACCCAAACCCCCGGCUGGAGAAACCCGUGCUGCUCUCUGAGUUCUCUACCAAGAUCCCACGAAGUGAAAUGGAUGGGCCUGUUGAGAACGGCCUCCGGGCUCCGGUCAGCACCUACCAGUAUGCGCUAUCCAACGGGGACAUCUGGAAAGUGCACGAGGUGCCCGACUACAACAUGGCCUAUGGCAGCCCCGGUGUGGCCGACGCCACCCCUCCCUGGAGUGGCUACAAGGAACAGAGCCCCCAGACGCUUCUGGAGCUGAAGCGACAGCGGGCUGCCGCCAAGCUGCUCAGCCACCCUUUCCUGAGCACCCACCUGGGCAGCAGCAUGGCCAGGACGGGCGAGAGCAGCAGCGAAGGCAAGGCCCCCUUGAUCGGAGGCAGAACUUCCCCGUACAGCAGCAAUGGUGCCUCGGUCUAUUACACCGUCACCAGCGGAGAUCCCCCGCUCUUGAAGUUCAAGGCCCCCAUGGAGGAGAUGGAGGAAAAGGUCCACGGCUGCUGCCGCAUCUCCUAGUCUCUGUGUGAUGGAGGAGAGAGAUGCUUCGGGGAAGGGUCUCUGGGAUCCAGGAUCCCCCCCCACCCCCCCAGCAGCCUUGGCUGGGGAGACAUCAGAGGGCAGCUUGCGGGGAGGUGGGCUCUGCUUUCCAGGGGAACGCUGACCCCACCUCACCCAGCGGCCAUAGCAUCGCCACGUCCCACGGUUCCGCUUCCUGCUGCAUUGUCUGCCAUCAGAAACAAGGCCCAUCGUGGCUUCCUAACUCUCCCCGCCGUCAUAUUUGGGAGGGGGGCUGGGAUUCUGGCUCUUUUGUUGGUAAAGGCUUCUCUGGACCAGUACCCGCAUAUCAAAUAUCGGUGUGCAUGCGCUCGCACGCGUGCACACACACACACAUACACACACACGCAACCAUGUGUAGGAAUGACACACCUGGGCUCACGGGAAGCAGGUCGGACUGACAAUUUGUGGGCUCUUCCCAAAAGGAUUGAGGCUAAGACUCUGUUAUGUCACCACUGCCAACAUGGCUUUAGCUGGGAACGGGGCCUGGUAAGCUGAGACCCACAGUCCUACCAGAGUCAUACUGAGGCUUGGGCCACCGUCCACAUCCGGAAGGAGCAGGAGGUCCACUCUUUGAUCAGAGGGAGCUAUGAGCCGACAUGGGUCCAUGACAUGGGCAGUGGCCUGCUCCCCAGAGCCUUGCCCAUGCCAAGAGCCAGCAGUGUGGCCACCCGGAGGCUGAGGUGGAGAGCCAGGCUCUUCCUUUCCUAGAAUAAUCCAAGUCACAUUUUACUUCUAGAUGGAAGUAUCAAAAAUUAGAGGGAAGGGGGAACAAAUUUAGUGUGUCCAAAAGUGCACUUGAUAAAAGAAUUCUCUUAGGCUGCAGGACUCCAGGUGGGAGAUAACUGAUCUUGCUUUCCUGCUUUCUUUCCUGGGUAGCAUCAUGAUCACUAGGGUUUCCUGACGGUGUUGGAAACAUGUAGCUUGUGUUGGAAGGGCUUUCGAGGGCGAGGAGUGAGUUGGUGUUAAUUUCUGUGAGCAUCUCUAGUGGUCGUGACCAAGCCCGGUGCCUUGGGCCAUCUUUGUGAAUAUUCAGGUUGCUUCAGUCCAGCCUCUGUCAGCUAGACUUCCCCAGCCUGAGCCAUCAGAGUGAGCAGUGGGGGACUGCUAGAAGCACCCAACUCCUCCCAGAGUCAAUGCUCAGGACCCCCGGCCCAGCUUUGCCUUUUCUGGAAUGCUUGGUAAGACAAGUCUGCCAGGUGACCCUUGUGAGAUCCCGCCGGGCCCAGGGGCUCCCAGCCUGUCAUGGGAGUGAUGACACCCCAUGGCUGCAAAUCCAAGGUGCCCAUGGCCAACACCCUGCACUGCAUUCAGGAGAGCGGUGGUAGGGCUGGAGUUGGACCUUCCCACGGCCCAACAGCUUCACAGCCACGAUCUCCCUAACACUGGGGAGGGCAGGCUACCCACCGCCUCUCUCCUGCAUCUUCUCAAGAGCCCCCUUGAAACUGCUGUCCACAGGCCCAGCCAGAACCUACUGGUGUACUUAAUAAGCAGCAGGUUUGUCCCCUGUCCUGCGCCUUUUAUUUGUCCUGAAACUACCUCCUUAGAGCUCUGAAGGGGUCCCCUAGUCCUGAUUCCGGGAUUCAGGGGACCACUCUGGGUUCCUUCUAAUCAUCUUUCUGAGCCUAUGAGAAAUUCUCCCUGAGGGGCCCCUGGGCCAGAGGGAGGGGGCUGAGGCUGGAGGAGCCCUCCCCCCACCCCGGUGCCACAAUUCUAGUGAUGGGGUCUGCUGUUUAUCAGUCCCUGUCCCUGCUGUGGCCUCCAUGGCCCCAUAGCCCAGAAAGGGAGCUGGAUCCCAGGGGCCUGGCAGAUGCUUUACCGGGACCAGAGAGCCCCCAGCCCCGGUAAAGGGCAGCUGGACCAGAGAGCAAAGGGCUCUGUGGCAUCACUGUGCGCUUGGUGGCUCCUGGGUGCAGGGAGGGUCACAACACCAGGCCAGCCCCACCCCAGCUCCUGGGCAGACCCAGUCUAGGGUGGAGGGGCAGCUCAGCUCAGGAGGCUGCAGACAGGCAGGCACCAUGCCUCCUGCAGCCCUGGCAUCUGGGGCUGGCUCUCCACCGUGUCAGCCUGGGGCUGGAGCCGGGCAGGGGAUGAUCCAGAACACACAUACCUUUGGCUUUAAAACAGUGUUCAGAUUUGACUGACCCUGAAUUCCUCUGGAGCAAACAUAAGCUGCAAGCAGAAGAAGCCAUACACUCCCAGGAGGGGGCCGGGCAGGUUUCCCGAUCUGUUUGCUCGGGAGCCAGAGACUGAAGGCGCUUAUUACCCAUGUUGAGCCCUUCUGGCCAUUCCCUCCUUUCCCCUCACUGGUUGCUUCCUGGGCCAUUCACCCCCCACCUGGAAGGCCGGGAAUCCUAGCUGAUUCCCCGACAGGAGCCGACUUAAGACUCCCAGGCAUUUCAGCUCUCAUUUUCAGUCGGGGUAAGUCAUUCCCUAUUAGGGCUUCAGGAACCUGGGGAACUUUCCCUAAGGGUCUCCUUGGUGUUGAGGGACAAGGUGGGGUCGGGGUGACUCGUUUAUUUGCUGACUUAGUUUAUUGAGUAGCUGAGACAUACCAAGCACCAUGUUAGAUUCUGGGGGUAAAGGAGGAACAAGACAGGGUGAGGAGACCCCGUUUUACAGUUUGCAUCCCUGGAGGAACACGACUGUCAGCAGCCCCAUUCAAUUUACUUGAGAUGGAGUGACCAUAUCCUGGUCCAGCUUCAACCCAGCUUCUAGCUCCUAGAAUCCCUAGAGUACAAAACCCAUCAGCAGGGAAAUGGCUGCUGUGGCCAUCCCUCGAUAACAUUUGCCAGUAGAUGCAGAUGCUGGAUCUUGAGUUCUAGGGAGACACCUUCCAAGUCUGUCUGGAACUUUCAGGGAUAGCUGCCUUUGGGCCAGCAUCUUUGGGACAUUGUAUAAUAGCAGUUUGAGGUCAGUAUGUAGAAGAACUGAGAGUCUGGAAUUUGCUGCUGAGUGCAUCUCAGGUUCUGAAACUCUUGUCUCUUGCUCAUUUUUGCUCAUUUGUUACGGAGUCCCCCUGCCCUACUGAUGGAGGUGAGGAAGGGGAGGGAGGCGAGGAACUUCUCCUUUAACACUGAAGCCUUUCCUUGGGUCUGCCUCUCCUCCCAGUGGGUGUGGCUCAAGGAGCUUGAAGAAGGCUAGCAAGGUCUGCUGGAGGCUCAACUCCCUCUGAGACCAAGCGGAUGAAAGGAGGCUACUUCCAAAGCAUGUGCCACGUGGUUCACGGUGGAGCUCUGACCUUUGUUCCCACCCUGUGCCCCCAAACCACUGAAAACUGGUGGCCAUCAUCAGGUAGUGAGUUCCUGGAAAGAACGCAGGGAAGUUGAAUAAACCCUAGACCCAGCUCUACUGAGGAGUUCAGGAUAUUAUUCAUCAAAUAUGCAGCAGCGAUGAGACUGCUCUGCACUGUUUGGUCAAUUUCAGCGAGUGUAGGAAAGCUCACAGGGGGUGUCCCCUGUCCUGCCGCACCACGGUUUGCUGGCUUUGUGAUAACAUAAGACCAUCUUGGUGACUGGUGUCCGAUGCCUUUCGAUCUUGAGCUCUCUUUCCCACUUGCUUUCCCAGAGCAGAAUACUGGGGCACUUUCCAGAAGGGCAGUUUUUAACAAGCUACCCAGAAGGACUAUAUUUAACUCUUUCUACUGUGGCCUGGGGACAGCCUCCCCCGCCCCGGUGCACGUAAGAGCAGAGGGUCCUGUGGUCAGUGGUUGACUGCCUAAGUGACCUCCUUUGCCGGAAGCUGUAGUCCUCUCCUUGGCAGGAGACUCUUUUUGGCCAGUUCACCAGAGGGCCUGUUCCCCUGGGCAUUGCAAGAGCUGCACUGCGGGGCCUGGCCCCACGCACUGAGGAAAAGUCUGCAGACCCCCAGCCCUCCGCAAUAAUUCACCAGACCAGAAGCCACUGAUGUACAGAGAACAUUAAGAAAAAUGUAUUUUAUGUGAAAAAAAGUUAAAACUCUGUAUACUGUAUCAGCAGCUUUGUGUAAAAAUGGCAAUCAAGAGAGUCUAAUAUAUUUAAAACUUUUUUAAAAAAAAAAUUCCUUGCAGAUCUUUGAUAUUGUAUUGAAGUAACUUCCAGGGAGCUCCUUGCCAUGUGGCAGUGGUGGGCCUCGAUCUGAGACCGUGGCUCAACCACACCCCAAAGGGGCAUCCCCUGGAGUUGCUUCCAGCUGCCAAGGCCUGUGACAGAAUUCACUGUUGAGAGUUUUUAAUUAAGAUUAUUAAAUCCCUUUUAAUAACA